CGCUCCAGCCAGAAGUACGUAACUUCAACUGCAACAAUUGUUAUGAUGGAAGGUAACACGGAAUAUCAAUACAAAGUUGUUCAGUUUGUUUGUUGUUGAAUAACAAAAAAUAUCACUCGGUAGCUUUUUAUUUUUGUUCUUAUAAAUGGGUCAUUCGAAAAAACAUAAGAAAAAAGAAAAGAAACACAAAAAGGAAAAGAAGAGAAAAAGGGACACUUCGUCUUCAAGUUCGGAAAGCGAAGAGGAAUGGGUGGAAAAAACACCAGCUUCACAAGAAGGAGACAUGAGAGGGAAGGUGGAAGAGCAAAAAAGGGACGACUGGAUGAACAUGGACUUUGGUGUCGCUACUUUUUCCAAUGAUGCCAGGAAGAAGCGAAAGGAAAAAGAAGAACAGGAGGCUAAAGAAAAAAGUCUAUUGAAUCAGCCUGGCCAGAGCUCACGAGAGUUGAACCCAUAUUGGAGAGAAGGUGGAACUGGGCUUCCUUCCGAGAAUAAAUCUUUAUCUGGUCAUCUAACUAAGACUGUUGGUGACCAUGGCAUUAAGUGGCUCAGAAAGGCGUUUCAAAGAGCAAAAGAGGAAGCAGUAGAAAAGGGUGUAAGCUUGGAAUCUGUUGUAGCUGAACGAUGGGGUAGUUUAGAUCAUCUGAAGCAAUUAUUAGAUGAGGCUGAACUUAAAGAAGCAAGGAGAAAUAAAUUUGGCCAUCGAGAGUAUAAGGAUUUUAAAAGAGAAGAUAGAUACAAGAGGGAUAGAAGUCGAGACAGAGAUAAACAUCGACCUUCGUUCAGAAGUCCUGUUGAUGGAAAUGAAACAAAGCAACGAUUCAAAAUGCCACAUGAUCCUGAUGGUGAAAGAGAUGAUAGGAGACAUAGGAGAGACGAUAGUGCCGAUGGCAAAAGUGACGAUAGAAGAUCAAGAAAACAUUUUGGACAAGAAUCCAAAUCUAGAUUUCGAAUUCCAAAAGACAGCGAUGAGGAUUUUGUAAGAAGUAGAAGAGAUCUCGACGAGGAAAAAGAUAGGAAGGAACAUUCUCAAUAUAAAUCAUCCCAUGGUAAUUUUGACGAUACGAGAAAUAGGCAACCUGAAGGAUAUAGGCAAAGUUAUUCUUCAAACUCUUCAAGAAAAGGAUGGAGAAAGCCGUCAGAAAAUAAAAACACUGAAGAUUCAUCAAAAGAUCGAAGGGCGACUCCUGAACGUGAACGACAAACACCAAUAAACGAACCGUCACAAGAUGAACCAGAGGAUAAAAUUUUGAGCAAAGACGAGCUGAACAAAUUGGGGGCCCGAAUGAUCAAAGCUGAGAUCAUGGGUGACACGGCUUUGGCAGCUAAGCUCAAACAACAGCUUGAGAAUGCUAGAGCUGCUAGUGAAUCGAAUAACUCCAGAAGUAAACAGAUUGUCACUCUUACUGAAACCGACAGCAGGGGAUUCACUAGACCAUUUACUGCACCCACUGAAGCUGGAAGGUCGAAGAAAAGAAGAGUUGCAACACAUGAGAACAAACAGAGGGUUAGGUAUUUUGCGGAUGAUGAUAAACAUUCUCUUCAAGAUAUGUUUGAAAACGAGAGGUUUAACACUGUAGCUGAUCAAAAUGCAACUUUUGCAAGACUUAUGGGCAGGGAAAUGUCAAGAAAAGAUGGUUCUUUGGCACUGGACGAUCCAUUUGAAGAAACUGCGGCUACUGAUAACUCUGCAAAGGAUAACAGUAGGAAAAUCAGUCAGACGAUUCAAAACCAAAUCAAAAAAGAGAAAGCGUUUGAUGAAUGCCGAUGGUGCAUAAUGGGAUUAAAUGCACAACAAGAUAUAAUUGUAACAACUAGGAGUAAGGUUCAUUUAUGUGUUCCCCCUUUCCAAUCGCUGACAACAAACCAUUGCCUCAUAGUUCCCAAUUUCCAUGUUUCAUGUGGCACUCAAGUUGACGAAGAUGUUUGGGAUGACAUUAUGGAAAUGAGAAAGAUACUUGUAAAACUCUUCGAAAAAGAUGAUAAUGAUGUAAUAUUUUUCGAGCACGCCAUCAAUUUUCAUAAACACCCCCAUAUGCUUCUACAUUGUGUCCCUGUACCUAAAGAGAUCGGGGAUGUGGCGCCGAUUUACUUCAAAAAAGCUAUGCUGGAGUGCGAAACAGAGUGGUCAAAUAAUAAAAAAGUUGUCGAGCUCGCAGGACGGGAUGUUAGAAAAGCUGUACCAAAAGGGCUACCUUAUUUUGCAGUCGAUUUUGGAAUGCAGAGUGGUUAUGCCCACGUCAUCGAAGACUACAAGCUUUUUCCAAGAAAUUUUGCCCAAGAAAUUAUUGGAGGGAUGUUGGAUUUGGAUCAUGGAAUUUGGAGAAAACAAAAACACGAAUCUACAGAGACAGUCAAAAUUAAAAGAGAUGAAUUGCGAAAGUUAAUUGAAAAUGUUUAA